AUGCAUAUUAAAGUAACUGAUUUCGGCACCGCCAAGAUAUUGGGGAAAAACGUCGAUGGAGAAACAGACGAUCGUGCAAAUUCCUUCGUAGGAACUGCAGAAUAUGUUAGCCCAGAGUUACUAAAGGAAAAGGCAGCUUGCAGACCUCCUUUCAAAGGAGGCAACGAAUAUAUGACGUUUCAGAAGAUUGUUCACUUGGAUUAUAACUUCCCAGAAGGGUUUCCGCCCGUUGCAAAAGAUCUUGUCAAAAAAUUAUUAGUCCUUAAUCCAGCAGAACGACUAGGAGCCGGUGGCAAGGCAGGGGUACAACAGCUCAAGUCUCACCCAUUUUUUGAUGGAGUUCAAUGGGACACGCUCUGGCAGCAAACAGCCCCUCGCCUUCUUCCUUACUUGCCCCCUAAGCCUCACGAAGAGGAACUUCGAGCCGAUACUAGUAUCUACGAAAAAAAAAUUUCAAGUGUUAGUGUAGAUAACGGUAACAGCCCGGUUACAUCAGGAUUGGAAGCACGGGAUCCAUUUAGAUUGGAGAGUUGGGCUAGUACAGAUGGAUCGGAGAAGAUUGAUCCAGUGAGAGCAGGAAAGUUAGAAGAGCAGAAGAGGACUUCAGCUCAAUGGCUUCCGUUUCUGUUAAGAUCUGAGUUAAUUCUUCGUACUGGUCCUAUCAACAAACGCAAAGGAUUCUUUUCGAAACGAAGACUUCUUAUUUUAACGGACUUCCCCAGAUUGAUUUACGUUGAUCAGGAGAAAAUGACACAGAAGGGCGAGAUAUAUUGGAGUUCAAGGAUGGUUGUGGAAUUAAAGAAUAAGAAACAUUUCUUCGUGCAUACGCCGCGCAAAACAUAUUAUUUUGAAGACCCUAAUGGCACUGCUAGUGAUUGGGUCAACAAAAUAAAUGCAGUUCUUAUCGAAAACUAUGGUGGAAUGUUGUGA